AUGGGCUUCGUGGCUCCAGGAAGACGUUUCAGACGAAAGAGGCCGGGUACUAAUGCUGCUGUGAUUGAGUAUGUUGCUCAACGAAACCGUGCUGUUCCUUUGGAUCCCUUGAAAGUGCGCAGAGCCAGAACUUUCAAACAGCCCAUCGAGUCUUCUUCUUCCAUUCUUGAACGCCUACCGCAUGAUAUUCUAUGGGAAGUGUUCUUGUUAGCUGGUAUAGAUAACGGCUUACCGCUUACAUCGAAGUAUUUUAAUGACGUUCUUGUUGCACCGAAGUUAACUGACGAAGAUGCUGAAGAGGUUACACAGAACAAAUGGCUCUUCCUUAAGGUACUAGACCACUGCAUGAUCCAGAAUAAGAAUCAGGAGGUCGACAGUGAUUGGAUUGAAAGACACGAGGCCGUCUAUAAUAGUUACGAGACUCGAUCUGAUGUGAUGGAACGCUUUGCUACCUUUCAACUAAUGUUUGCGAGAGAUAUCUAUGAAGAGAAGUAUGGGAUUGAUAUCCGAGUAUUUCGUCAUCGUUUCAUGAAUGACGUUGCUCUCAAGAUUAUAAGAGAGAGAUACCCUGGCAUUCCAAUCUAUGAUGAGAACGAGAUGGAGUUUCAAAUCAAGAAUCGCCAGGCGUUCUUUCAGUGGCACUUCAAAGUCAUGGUGGAAGGUAUGAAAAAGGCUCAGCAGGCUGAGGGAGAUGCAAGUGAGUUUAUCAUUCUUGAAGAGGUUAAAAAGCAGAAGAAUGUGAAAGCUAUCGAAGUAGCUUCGAACCUUCCGCCUCCUACUCAGAUCCCGGGUUCGCUCUACCAAAGGUUAACUCACUCCAGAGCAUUAAUGAUCAGGCGCUUGGUCGAAAGCUGUAAAUGUGCAUUGGAAAGUCCAACAGCCUUUAGGAAAGCAUGCUUUGAUCAGCUACUUUACGAGCAGUUUCCUGAAUAUGCUGACUUUAAAUCACUGCAGCAAGUGUACACCUUCGACGAAUUUAAAAUGCUUGUUGAAUGUAUAACUCGUGCAGAAUCAUUAUCUGGUGAUGAGAAUAACAGGCUGGUACCUGACUUUACUCGUGAAUUACUUUACACGCUCGCCGAAGAUGCCCUUUUGCUGUGUCCCAUUGAAGAUCAGGAAAGACUUAGGGAUCUCGCAUGGCUCACACUGCAAGUUGAAAAACCUGACUUGCAACAACUUUUAUCUAAUAGAUCUUUGGAGACGCUUUAA